UUUUUUUUUGUUUUAUCUCAACAAAACUUCAUUUCUUUCAACUAUGGCAACUUCCACACCGACCACAGACUCUCGUGAAGCAGAGCCGAAUUUAUUCCCAGAUCUUAUUGAACUCGAUGCCUUACGUCUGACCGUCAUUGUGGAUAAUGAUGUCGACUUUAUGACUUCAGUCCCUAGAGAACUAGGGCAGACCGCACAGGCCAUCAAACUGUUUUCGGACAAGAGAAAUAUUGACUGGGAGAAGACCACAGAAAAAGAGUCAGCCAACACUCAUGAGCGUGAACGUGAACAUGAGCAUGAACAUGGACAUGGACAUGAGGAUGUACAUCCGCAUACUCAAGAUGGUGAACGACCUGUUCGCACCAUUGCCUUUGAUUUCAACGAUGUCUGCUGUGGAGCGCAUGGAUUAUCCAUCUUAGUGACGGGAAUCAAGGAUGGUGUUGAACACAGAAUUCUCUUUGAUACAGGGCCACAUUCUGCCAUUUUCCUUGACAAUGCCAGACGGCUUGAACUUGAGUUUGAAAAGAUUGAGGUUGUUGUUCUUUCACACUGGCAUAUUGAUCACUCGGGUGGUAUGAUUGCGGCUGUUGAGAAGAUUAGGGAGGCGCGUGAGAAAAAGCAAGGCCUAUCACCAGUUGUCGUGGAUUUGCACCCUGAUCGACCAGAUCAACGUGGUACAUGUCUCACCAAAUCGUUAAAGGUUCAUAAUGAGCCAGAAGAGGAGCCUAUUCAGUAUGUAGCCUGGGGUGCGGAUCCUUCUCUUGAUGGCCUUAAGAAGGCUGGUGCACAGGUUUCGCUGAAAAGUCAGGCACAUACGAUCUGCGAUGGAUUUUUCGGCGUCUCAGGCCUGAUUCCACGCAAGACAUCUUAUGAAACCGGUAUUCCAAAUCAUGUUCGAUGGUUCCAGGACAGUAAAUCUUGGAAACCGGAACCUGAGAUCAUGGAUGAGCGAUACUUGGUUGCUCGAGUCAGAUCCAAGGGUCUUGUCGUCCUCACGGGCUGUAGUCAUGCAGGCGUGAUUAACGUCUGUCAGGACGUGAAACACGCGUUUGAUCCAAAAAACAGCAACAAUAGUAAUUCCAACAGUGCCAAAGGCAGCGACGUUGCUGACAAUCAAAUCUUUUUCGUUGUGGGAGGAUUCCACCUUGCUGGACACAGUGUCGAAACAAGGAUCAAAGAAACAAUUGAUGAUAUGUUAAAGAUCGAUCCAUCAUUUAUGGCUCCAGGUCAUUGCUCCGGAUGGAGAGCAAAGGCUGCACUGGAGCAGGCCAUGCCUGGCAGAGUCGCGUCGCUGGGAGUUGGUAGUGAUUUUUAUAUUCACCAUUAGGAGCUUUGAAGAUAGAGGGCCCCAUGUCUCACAUUCAGAACGAAAGACAGAGCGUGUAUAUGAGUUAUAAAGUACAUUUUUAUUGGAUAGAAAGAG